AGCAUCGUCGGGUCACGUGAUCUCCGCGGAAAUGGAGCUUUGGAUGCGGAAGAAUCAAACCAGGAUGUUUUUUCUCUGCGUUUACUGUUGUUCUUUCAUCAAACGAGUGUAAAAAAAGUUCCUGCCGCGUCAAAAAGCCUUCCGUUUUAAACCUUUGUGGGCUUCUCUGGAACCAAAUCAGCCGCGUUUUCCUGACAUCAUUACCUGUUUGUGAUGGCGUCCGGUAAUUUACAGAAAGCUAUAGAUCUGGCCAGCAAGGCUGCGGAGGAGGAUAAAGCCAAAAACUACGAGGAGGCUCUCCGCUGUUACCAGCACGCCGUGCAGUAUUUCCUUCACGUGGUCAAAUAUGAGACUCAGGGGGAUCGAGCAAAGCAGAGCAUCCGGGCCAAGUGUGCGGAUUACCUGGACAGAGCCGAGCAGCUGAAGGAAUACCUGAAGAAGAAGGAGAACCAGGAGACGGCCAAACCCGUGAAAGAGGCGGGGGACAAAGGAAGUGAGAGUGACGAAGGCGACAACCAAGAGAAGAAGAAAUUCAAAGACCAGCUCUCAGGCGCCAUCGUCAUGGAAAAGCCCAACAUCAAGUGGAACGAUGUAGCCGGCCUGGAGGGGGCCAAAGAAGCCCUGAAAGAAGCCGUCAUUCUGCCCAUAAAAUUCCCUCACCUGUUCACAGGAAAGCGAACUCCUUGGCGGGGGAUCCUUCUGUUUGGCCCCCCUGGAACGGGAAAAUCCUACUUAGCCAAGGCGGUUGCGACAGAAGCCAACAACUCCACCUUCUUCUCUGUGUCCUCCUCCGACUUGGUGUCCAAGUGGCUGGGGGAGAGUGAAAAGCUGGUGAAGAACCUCUUCGCUUUAGCCAGAGAACACCGGCCGUCCAUCAUUUUCAUCGAUGAGAUCGACUCUCUGUGCGGCUCCAGGAGCGAGAAUGAAAGCGAAGCAGCUCGCAGAAUCAAGACAGAGUUCCUGGUCCAGAUGCAGGGUGUUGGAAAUGACAACGAAGGAAUCCUCGUCCUUGGAGCAACAAAUAUACCGUGGACGCUAGACUCAGCCAUCCGAAGAAGGUUUGAAAAGCGGAUUUACAUUCCUCUGCCAGAGGAGCAUGCUCGCUCCUCCAUGUUCAAACUCCACCUGGGCUCCACCCCCAACAACCUGACGGAGGCGGACUUUGUCACGCUGGGCAGAAAGACGGACGGUUACUCUGGAGCAGACAUCAGCGUCAUAGUCCGGGACGCCCUGAUGCAGCCUGUCAGGAGGGUUCAGUCCGCCACUCACUUCAAGAAGGUCCAGGGCUCCACGUGGAACAAUCCUGGGGUUGUGGUGGACGACUUGCUGACGCCGUGCUCACCCGGCGAUCCGGGCGCCAUGGAGAUGGCGUGGAUGGAAGUUCCUGGAGACAGACUUUUGGAGCCGAUUGUGUGCAUGGCGGACAUGCUUCGCUCAGUGGGCAGCACCAAGCCCACGGUCAACGAGCAGGACCUGGAAAAGCUGAAGAAGUUCACCGAAGACUUUGGUCAGGAAGGCUGAUGCCGCUUUGGGGCAACACCAGAGCGGCUGGCACCUGCAGAGGCUCCUGUUUACGUUUAAAGCUCUUUCCUCUCAGAAAUCUUUAUGAACAGGUAUUCUUGUCACCGUUAGGUCAACAGUUGGAGGAAAGGUCAUUUCCACGAGGAAUCUGUUUUUCUGACACUAAGAACGCCGCCUCAUGGAAGGUGGCUCAUGUUGCACUUUGAGACUUUUUUCCUAGUGAGUCAUGGGGGGUUGGGGGUCUUCUUUGAACUUAUUUACUCAGUUUCUCUGUAGAACUACAAGCAAAACCUUCUGGGUUUGAUGAGGGUGACUGAAAGGAAACAGCUACUCUUUAUGUGAGGGUUAAUGGCCGCCGAGGUGUCCGUUAUCAGAACUUAACGGACGACAUGAAAGCCAGAGCCGUCACACGGUUGCUGCCGUACAGUCAUUUCUGAUAAUUGUCACGUUGAAGGCCAUCAUCCCGCUGAUACCACGGCCACUUAAGAAAUGAAUAUUCAAUAAAUUUUUACUACUGUAUUAAUGUUAUUUUUUCGGUUUAAAUCGCUUCUCACAAAAUAAAUGGACUGAUGGGUG